UUAGAAAAAAAUAUAAAAAAUCCGUUUUUGGGGGAGAUUUUUGGAAAUUACGUAUGCCGCGGAGUAUAUCGAGGUCGCCGUCGUAUUCGCGGCGGCGCUACUCCCGGUCUCGCUCGCCGGCGGUCACUCACCGCCACUCCUCCCGUCGGGACCGUGCGCGUUCCCCUUACAGCAGGCGAAGAAGUCGUUCUGGUACACCGCGGCGACGAAGAAGUCGUUCUCCAGCUUCAAGGCAUCACAAGAGCCGCUCCCCGGUGCCAAGGCGUCAUAGGAGGCACAGAAGCCGAAGUUCUUCUUUGUCUCCUUCACCUAAAUCCCGUAGUCCCAGUUCAACAUUGACUGAACGUAAGCUUGCUAAUGAAAAAUUGAAAAAGGAAGAAGAAGAAAGGAAAAGACUGCAGCAGGAAGAAGAGCUCAAACAAUUAGAGGAAGAGACUGCAAAGAGAUUGGAGGAGGAAAUUCGCAGUCGAGUUGAGGAAAAAUUGGGGUCUGAAGAAGUCAGGUUAGAAAUCGAAAGACAGAUAGAAGAAGCCCGGAAGAAAUUGUUUGAGGACGUCGAAGCUCAACUUCAAAGAGAAAAGGAAGCUGCCCUUGCUGAAGCAAGGGCAAAAGAAGAACAAGCUCGCAGGGAGAGAGAAGAGCUAGAUAAGAUGCUCGAAGAGAAUCAAAGGAGGGUAGAAGAAUCUCAGAGGAGAGAAGCUUUGGAACAGCAGAGGAAAGAGGAGGAAAGACUUCGAGAGUUGGAACUGAUUCAGAGACAAAAAGAAGAGGCUGCUCGAAGGAGGAGACUCGAAGAGGAGGAAGAGCGAGCAAAUCAGAUAUUACUUGGUAAGAACAAGCCUCGGCAGAAGAUUGGCCUGUAGUACACACAGCGCCACCGCAGCUUCUCCUCUUCGUCGACGUGGUCAGUGACUUCUAUUUCAUCUCUCCCUUCAUUCACGCAUCUCCAUCUCUCACUCGCAUACCAGCCACUGUCUUAGACCGGGCGUGCUCUCUCUCUCUCUCUCUCUCCUCUGGUGCAGCAAUGGCAUUGGUGCGCAUGCAGAGCAUGCACGCGCUGUCUGAGUCUAAUAGAGUAGCUUGAUAUUUUGAUAAACUAUCCAAACCCAAAGUGGUCCCUUUUGUAUAUUAUGACAGACACUAAUUUUGUAGCAUAUAUCUCCAGGAUAUGUCUAGA